CAAAGCCACAAUGUCAAAAGGUGUGUGACAUUUGACCGUGCUUGUUUACAAUUCUCAUUAAAUGAACAAGUGUAAAUACCAAUAAACUUUUACUUGCAAAAGUAUUAAAGAAAUACAGCACAGCUGUUGGGAGCAUUGGAAACAGUCCCUUUAAGUUUAUAUACAACGAGUGUAACGUUAAAUUUCAGAAAUAAUGGAUUUAAAUGAAAAAGUGGAACAACUUACCAAUGAAACAGCGGCAUUGCGGAAAGAAGUUGCGCAGCUGAAAGAAUCGCUAACAAAACAAAACAGUACGAUUGUAAAGUUGAUAAAGGAGCAAUGCAAUCUCAUCAGAACACAAGAAGCGCGCGCGCAGGAAAAAUAUUUGCCUGCAAAUAAUGUCAAACCAUUUGUAAAUAUGUUUCCCAUAAAAUCCCAAGAAGAAUUGGAGGCUGCAGAAGAGGGUAUAAAAGAGGAAAACAAAACCGAAUGUAUUGCACUUGCCAGGGCACUUUUAAUGCCGGGAAGUUUUAAGAAGAAUCUCAACAAAAUAUUGGGAGUUGAUGUGGUUAUGGACUAUAAUGUUGAUGGCAGACAUAAUAAGAAGCGCAUACAAGACUAUCCAAAAAUAAUGGAUGUGCUCUUCCAAGCCACUACUAAGGAGGGUUGGAACUACAAAUAUUUUCUAGACGAUCUCAGAAAUGGAUUUAAGUGCUCCAAAAACAAGCACUUCAAAUAUAAUUGGACUCAACGGAGGAAACAUUCUGAAGAGCCGUCUAUUAAAAUUGAAGAAGUUUUGAUACCGUUCGAUGAAUAAAAUUUUAUCAAUAAAAUUA